UCUGACAGCCCAAAUACGUUCGCACCCCCCAGUCUUGAUAAAUCACACUGCUCUGGGCUAAAUAGUUGUAUUUGCUUGGUAUUGUGGGCGGUCUGCUGAUUAGCAUCUCAUUUGCAUAUUCAUGAGGAGCAGACAGGCUCCCUAUGGUGCCCAGUGAGGCGACACGAUGCUCUGCUCGCAAUGUUUAGUCCUGCUGCCAGGUGUGUUUGGUGGAUCCGAGGGUAAGUAGAGCACUGCAAGUAGCGCACCUUCCACGUGGACCUGUCCUCGGUGGCCAGGUUAAAGACCAGCAGCUGACGCAUAAUAAGUGCCAUCAAUAAAUGAUCAGGGCUGAUAAGCUCCUCCUGGACUCCAUAAAGGUCUUAGUCCCGCCGCAGGGAGCACCCUGGGACCUGAUGGCGGCUCUGGUGCGGACUCUGCUCCUUCUCUCGCUGCUCGUGGCUCUGCUGUGCGCCACGCAGGUGCGCUCGCUGCCCACGCCCGAGGACUGGAGCGGCGUGAUCCAGAGGACCAAGCGCUCGCUGCUGUGGCGCUGGAACUCCAUGAAGCCUCUGGGCUCCAGCUGCAAGGAGCACCUGGAGUGUGGCACCAAGUACUGCAGGAGGAACACUUGCUGCCUGUGGACUUUGACGUGACGAAAACAAACAACAACAAACUUCUGGAUGGAUGAAAUCAAUCAAUAAGUCAAUCAAUCAAUAAGUGUUGC